AUGGCAACAAUCAACAUUUCAGGAAUAGCCGUACCCCGCCUAUCCUUCGGUCUUGGGUCACUAAUGUCAUGGGCACCCGGCCAUUCUCACCCACUUCCUACAGACAGCAGCGUCGAAGUUCAACAAGCGAUCGACGCUGGCUUCCGUCACUUCAAUACUGGCGAUCUCUACACCAAUAACGACAGCCUUGCGAAAGUCCUCCGCCGCAGCAAUCUCAAACGCUCCGAGGUCUUCCUAUCCCUUAAGAUCAACACCUACGCAUCUCUAGGAUGUCGAGGCCGCGAUCACAUAAUCCAGACCGUAAAGGAAGAGAUCGAGCGGUUUGGGAUAUUAGAAGGCUAUAUUGACAUCCUGCAGCUGCACUUCCCGCCCCGUGGUUACGCUGGGAACAUGACAAAUCGCGAAACAUGGCGUGUGCUGGAAGACCUCAAGGAUCAGGGAGUUGCUCGCAUUAUUGGCGUGUCGAACUGGUAUGUUGCCGAUAGUACAAUAAUAUGGUUGGUGCAACCAGAUCGAGGCUCACGAGCGCGAUUUUGUAGGACCUUGCCCGAUUACCAUGACAUCUUUAACGCCAGCGACCUUAAGCACCCUCCGCAGCUCAACGAAUGCGAAUUCAACCCGUUCUUACUUUCUGAUCCCAAGGUCCGGGAACUCCAUGAGUUCGAAGUCAAGCACAAUAUUGUCCCAAUGAACUACGGGUUUUUGACAGCCAUAAGCGGCCGCUUGCCUACUAAAGACAGCUCGGCACUGCUGCAGAAGUUGGAAGAGCAGUCGAAGCUGACGAAGCUGUCAACAGCUGAUCUGCUGCUCAGCUGGGCAUACUACCGGCUUGGCGGCAUUGUCGUGACAUCUACAUCGAAGGCAGACCGCGCUAAGAAGACCUUCGAGCUCCUUUCGGCUGAGAAAGCGCCAGUGAACGGUGGCGUCUACGAGGAAAUUGAAAAGGCGGCAGCUCUGGACGGUCCCGAAGGCAAGGUAUUCUAUGGCCAUCCUCACAUGGAGAAAGCUCGCCGGGAAAAUAUGAAUGCUCAGAAGUAG